AUGGCGCGUUGCAGGGGCUGGUCUCAAAGGCAGCCAGCGAGUGCAGGCAGCAGGAGCGACCCCGGGGGCUCCCCGUCCUCCCGGAUUGUGGAGGAGGCCACUGACACCUCGGCGCGGCCCGGAAGAAGAGCUCGGCCCAUGGCCAGGCCGCGGGCAGGUGCUGUCACCGCGCUGGUCACCACGCUCUUUGUCUCGCCGCCGCGCGAGACGGGCGGCCGGGACGACGUCACCUACAACAUCGUGUGCAAGAAGUGCCGCUCCGACCGGCGCGCCUGCUCCCGCUGCGACGACAACGUGGACUUCGUGCCGCGGCAGCUGGGCCUCACGGAGACGCGCGUGUCCAUCAGCAGCCUCUGGGGGCACACGCCGUACACCUUCGAGAUCCAGGCCGUGAACGGCGUCUCCAGCAAGAGCCCCUUCCCGCCGCAGCACGUCUCCGUGAACAUCACCACCAACCAGGCCGCGCCUUCCACUGUGCCCAUCGUGCACCAGGUGAGUGCCACCAUGCGGAGCAUCACGCUGUCGUGGCCGCAGCCCGAGCAGCCCAACGGCAUCAUCCUGGACUACGAGCUGCGCUACUACGAGAAGGUGAGCCGCAUCUGCACGCCCGACCUCGGCGGCGCCGUGGGCUCCCGACCCGCUACGGAGCACAACGAGUACAACUCGUCCGUGGCGCGGAGCCAGACCAACACGGCGCGCAUCGAGGGCCUGCGGCCCGGCAUGGUCUACGUGGUGCAGGUGCGCGCGCGCACCGUGGCCGGCUACGGCAAGUACAGCGGCAAGAUGUGCUUCCAGACGCUGAGCGACGAUGACUACAAGUCGGAGCUGCCGAGCUCUGCCGGCCCUGGGCUGGGACGAGCUGCCGCGACACUCAGACGAGGCCCUUUCUCCCCGUUGCCCCCCAGGAAACGUGCGUACAGCAAGGAGGCGGUUUACAGCGACAAGCUGCAGCACUACAGCACGGGCCGAGGCUCCCCGGGGAUGAAGAUCUACAUUGACCCCUUCACUUACGAGGACCCCAACGAGGCCGUCCGCGAGUUUGCCAAGGAGAUUGACGUGUCCUUCGUGAAGAUCGAAGAAGUCAUUGGAGCAGGGGAGUUCGGAGAAGUCUAUAAAGGGCGGCUGAAGCUGCCCGGCAAGCGGGAGAUCUACGUGGCCAUCAAGACGUUGAAGGCAGGUUACUCGGAGAAGCAGCGGAGGGAUUUCCUGAGCGAGGCCAGCAUCAUGGGGCAGUUCGACCACCCGAACAUCAUUCGGCUGGAGGGGGUGGUGACCAAGAGCCGGCCCGUCAUGAUCAUCACGGAGUUCAUGGAAAACGGGGCCCUGGACUCCUUCCUGCGGCAAAACGAUGGGCAGUUCACGGUGAUCCAGCUGGUGGGGAUGCUCAGGGGAAUUGCUGCUGGGAUGAAGUACCUGGCGGAGAUGAACUACGUUCACCGUGACCUGGCGGCCAGGAACAUCCUGGUUAACAGCAACCUGGUGUGCAAAGUGUCAGACUUCGGCCUCUCGCGCUACCUGCAAGACGACACGUCCGACCCCACCUACACCAGCUCGUUGGGUGGCAAGAUCCCCGUGAGGUGGACAGCGCCGGAGGCCAUCGCGUACCGCAAGUUCACCUCGGCCAGCGACGUCUGGAGCUACGGCAUCGUCAUGUGGGAGGUGAUGUCCUUCGGCGAGAGGCCCUACUGGGACAUGUCCAACCAAGACGUGAGUCGCUGACGGGGGGCAAGGCCGGAGGCCUCCUGGCCGGCCGCCCUGCCCCAGCUCAUGCUGGACUGCUGGCAGAAAGACCGCAACACCCGGCCUCGCUUCGCCGAGAUCGUCAACACCCUCGACAAGAUGAUCCGCAACCCGGCGAGCCUCAAAACUGUGGCCACCAUCACCGCUGUGCCUUCUCAGCCACUCUUGGACCGCUCCAUCCCCGAUUUCACUGCCUUUACCUCAGUCGAAGAUUGGCUAAGCGCCGUUAAAAUGAGCCAGUACAGAGAUAACUUCUUGACGGCCGGUUUCACCUCCCUGCAGCUUGUUGCCCAGAUGACAUCAGAAGAUCUCCUGAGAAUAGGGGUAACUUUAGCUGGCCACCAGAAGAAGAUUCUGAACAGCGUGCAGUCUAUGAGAGUGCAGAUGAGCCAGUCUCCGACCUCGAUAGCAUGA